UUAACAGUCGGAUAUUUCAACAACAUUUCAUUAUUGUUAUUUGAAACGAACACAAUAUUAAAAUAUUUAUUGGUAUAGGAUUGUUAUUUUAAACGAUUGUUAUUUGAAACGAAACGGUCCGGUAUAGGAUGCCGCGGUUACCUCCAGUCGUACGGCGGUUGGAACGCGUGCUUAGAGCGUAUACGUAAACUGUUGGAGUCGCUGUGUGGGCCGGUGCGGGCCGCGUGCGAGCGCGCCGCGCCCACUGGGGCUCACGGACGCGCGCAACGUGCACUAGCCCAACUACAUCUCGGCGAGAAGAAGUUCACGCAUACUGAUAACCUUAUGCUGCCUACCUUAGGUUCACAAGAAGGAGCUUUCGAGAAUGUUCGCAUGUCGUAUACGGGAGAGAAUGGCCAGACAAUACGACAAUUGAUGUCCACUCAUAAAUUGAGGAGGGUCGCUAUGUGCUGUCUCGCAUCACCGCAAGGCCGUCGCCAACACUUGGCAGUUUCCCACGAGAAAGGUAAAAUAACGGUGUUGCAACUGUCUGCGCUGUUGAAGCAAGCGGAUUCGUCUAAACAUAAGCUGACGUUAACAAGACUUUCAUCAGCACCUAUCCCAUUCACGGUUCUCAGUCUCAGCGGUAAUCCUUGGAAUGAAGAUCUACUGGCUGUCUGUGGACUAAAAGAGUGUCACGUCUUAACAUUCAACAGUGGCGGUGCAGUUGCAGACCAUCUCGUGUUGAGCACCGGUCUUGAAGGCAAUAACUAUGUGAUCAAGGCAAUUUGGUUGCCGGGCUCACAGACACAGCUGGCGCUCGUCACCUCUGAUUUCGUCAAAAUAUUCGACCUCAGCAAGGAUCUCAAUAAUCCGAUGCAUCACUUCCUCGUUCCUAGUGGGAAGGUGCGCGACGUAACAUUUGUGAAUCAAGAUAGUGUUAUGCAUAUGCUAUGCAUGAGCUCAGCGGGCCACAUAUACUGGCAGCCAAUGAGCGAAGAAUCGCGAGCCACUCUCGGCACCUUUUACGUAACUAACACACUUGAAGUUUUGCAUCCAGAAAUACAGGUAAGUCGAAAAUGAGUUUGAUAAAAUUAGUAUCUACAUAUAACAUAUGUUCUGGUUAAAUAAAAUAAUAUUCCAACAGGAUGUAGCUGGAUUAGUCGGUGGUGGCGGUGUCUCCAUCUACUACUCGCAUACUCUCAAAAUGUUAUUCUUCUCGUAUGCUCAAGGAAAAAGCUUUCUAGCACCACUCAACACUGUCGAAGACAGCGUAAAAGGUAAUAGGCUCUUUCCUCGGUCAUUCUUUAGAUAAGUUUAGACUUUCCGAAAACUAGAUUAUUAAGUAGAGCAUCAGAAUCAGACAAUUUUUUUGAAUAUUUUUAUUUUAUACAUGAAAUAUACAUGAAAUAUAUCCAAUAAAAAUGUUUUAAAAAAUAUCAUAUAUAAAUAUUUGUAGUAAUAUUUCUUUCGGCUGUUUGGGUGGAUUGCCUGAACAUUGAUGAAAAUACGCUCUGUAGUAGCGAAAAAGUAAUAAGUGCUUGAAAUAUUCGUUAGUCCUGUUAGGUUAGUUACGUGUUCGAUAUCGAGUAUUGACUCGCUAAAUUCAUGUUAAAGUCUUCAAAGGUCUUUAAAAAUCUUCCGUGUGUAUUAAUUAAUGCGGUACAUAAUUGUCAGGUACAGCGAUGAUAACGGUAUCGUCGUCGUCGUCCCAGAAGGAGGGUGGCGGUCGCGGCAAACAGGGCGGCGCUCAGUCUCUGUGCCAGUGGGCGGAGGUGGCCGGCCACCCUGGCCUCGUCACCGCCGUCAUGCAGGCCUCCAACAACCCAGUAGUGCUCAUGCUCACGCCCACCAACAUAUACCUGCAGGAGAUCAAGGUCGUGCCAGCUAAGGCUAAGAUCACCGACAUGGUGGCUGUCCGUCACUGGUGCGGAGGCGGCGGUGAACAGAAGAGCACUCUAAUAUUACUGUGCGAGGACGGCAGCCUGCGUAUGUACGCGGCAAGCGCUGAACACACCGCCUACUGGCUGUCGCCGGCCAUACAGCCCACGCACGCGCCCAGGCGGCGGCCGAGGCUGCUCACACAUCACGCCAAGGGCAAGGCACAACAGUCUGCAACGAAAUCGAACGCUAGCGGAGCACCACAGUUUCCAAUCGACUUCUUCGAACAUUGCGCAGCGAUGACAGACAUAGAGUUCGGAGGCAACGAUCUCUUACAGGUGUACAAUACCGCGCAGAUCAAACAUAGACUCAACACUACAGGAUUGUAUGUGGUGUCUACGAAAAUGAGCGGAUUCACUAUGGAAGUCGUGAAUUCUGACCCCAACAUGGUCAUCUGUGGAAUUAGAGUACUGCUAGGCAGUCAAGACAUCGCCCGUACGCCGUCUUAUGUAGAGGUUUACGGAAGGUCAAUUCAAACUGUUGUACUACGAAACCGAUGGUUCGAUAUCCCCCUAACACGAGAAGAAUCUUUACAAUCUGAUAAGAAAUUGGUCAUUAACUUUGGGCCAUCUCAAGAUCCAGACGGUGUCACUAUGGUUGAUUCCGUAAAGAUAUAUGGCAAAAACAAAGAACAAUUUGGAUGGCCAGACGAAAAUGAAGAUCCUUCAGCUUGUCCAUCGUCCAGUAAAAUAGCACAGGAAGCAGAUGGCGGCAGCGGUGCAUGGAAGCCUAGUUCCUUGGAGCGACUCGCGUGUGCAGCGCUCGAAGCGCUAGAACUAGGCGCAGGUGCUGGUGCCUCUGCAAGCGCUGCAGUAGGUGUAGCAGAUGGAGGAGCUGAAGCCGCUAGGAAGCUACUGUGCGCACCUGCCAGUGCGCAUUUGCAUGCGCGUGCGCAGUGCUUACUGCGGGCGUUGCAUCAUACGCAUUACCACCAGUACAAGGUAUGUGUUCUAGAAAGUUUUUCAGAUAUUAAAUGGGUUAUAGUUUAAGUUAUAUUGAUUUCUAAGAUAUUUUGUGCAAAACACAUUAUAUUAUCGGCUUAUUUUAUCCCUUUGACUUUUAAAACUUAUGAACCUUGUACAGCAAAAGUUAUUAAAAAUUAUUAUUAUUCACUUUUUCAUAAAUUUAUCUGAUGAGAAGUAGUUACAAUAGUAGUAAUAAAAAGCCAAUGUCCGCCCCGAUCGAUGCACCGAUCGAACACUUCUGGAUAAUAUAAAGGUUUUUUAAAUUAUCAUUUACAAUAACAAAUUUAAAAUUCAAAUUUGUCCACUGAUGAAAACUUACCUGUAUACGCGUAUUUGUAAAUUAAUUUUUAUUGAAACACUUUGAUGUUAAUGAUUGGAUUUAACAUCUAAAUGCCAGGAUCAAGCAAUCUUGAAGUACGUGUGCACAUCGCUGAAGGAGCUCCGUGACGUAUCGGAUCCUCGCAAUAUCGACCCGGAGGCAUUCUUCCGUCUUGUAUUACUGGCACGAGGUGUAGCGGUCGCGAGGCCUAAUCACCUCGUUUCAUACACAGCACCCACGCCACCGAAACCAGCGAAUGGUAAGUUCGUUGAGAUGGUAUAGCUCUCUCGGUGAACAGGACGAAUUUCGUACGUUGACUUUUGUGCCUACUGAUAGAUAUCCUAAACGUUUUGGGUACACUUUAUUAUGACAAAAU